CUUGUGGCGCGCAGCUCCCUCCUCCUUACCCCCCCCUCCCUGUCCGGUCCGGGUUCGCUUGCCUCGUCAGCGUCCGCGUUUUUCCCGGCCCCCCCCAACCCCCCCGGACAGGACCCCCUUGAGCUCGCCCCUCAGCUGCCACCAUGAGCGACCAAGAUCACUCCAUGGAUGAAGUGACAGCCGUGGUGAAGAUUGAAAAAGGUGUUGGUGGCAGUAAUGGGGGUAACGGUAAUGGUGGUGGUGCGGCCUUUUCUCAGGCUCGAAGCAGCAGCACAGGCAGUAGCAGCAGCAGUGGUGGCGGAGGAGGGCAGGAAUCCCAGCCAUCUCCUUUGGCUCUGCUGGCAGCAACCUGCAGCAGAAUUGAGUCACCCAAUGAGAACAGCAACAACUCCCAGGGUCCGAGUCAGUCAGGGGGCACAGGUGAACUUGACCUCACAGCCACACAACUUUCACAGGGUGCCAAUGGCUGGCAGAUCAUCUCUUCCUCCUCUGGGGCUACCCCUACCUCAAAGGAACAGAGUGGCAACAGUACCAAUGGCAGCAAUGGCAGCGAGUCUUCCAAGAAUCGCACAGUCUCUGGUGGGCAGUAUGUUGUGGCUACUACCCCCAACUUACAAAACCAGCAAGUUCUGACAGGUCUACCUGGAGUAAUGCCCAAUAUUCAGUAUCAAGUAAUUCCACAGUUCCAGACUGUUGAUGGGCAGCAGCUGCAGUUUGCUGCCACUGGGGCCCAAGUGCAGCAGGAUGGUUCUGGUCAAAUACAGAUCAUACCGGGUGCAAACCAACAGAUCAUCACAAAUAGAGGAAGUGGGGGCAACAUAAUUGCUGCUAUGCCAAAUCUACUCCAGCAGGCUGUGCCCCUCCAAGGCCUUGCUAAUAAUGUGCUCUCAGGACAGACUCAGUAUGUGACCAAUGUUCCAGUGGCCCUGAAUGGGAACAUCACCUUGUUACCUGUCAACAGCGUUUCUGCAGCUACCUUGACUCCCAGCUCUCAGGCAGUUACCAUCAGCAGUUCUGGAUCCCAGGAGAGCGGCUCACAGCCUGUCACCUCAGGGACUGCCAUCAGUUCUGCCAGCUUGGUGUCAUCACAAGCUAGUUCCAGUUCCUUUUUCACCAAUGCCAAUAGCUACUCAACAACUACUACCACCAGCAACAUGGGAAUUAUGAACUUUACCACCAGCGGAUCAUCAGGGACCAGUUCUCAAGGCCAGACACCCCAAAGGGUUGGUGGGCUACAAGGAUCUGAUUCUCUCAAUAUCCAGCAGAAUCAGGCAUCAGGAAGCUCACUUCAAGCAAGUCAGCAAAAAGAGGGAGAGCAAAGUCAGCAGACACAGCAACAACAAAUUCUUAUUCAGCCUCAGUUAGUUCAAGGGGGACAAGCUCUUCAGGCCCUCCAGGCAGCACCAUUGUCAGGGCAGACCUUCACAACUCAAGCUAUUUCCCAGGAGACCCUCCAGAACCUCCAGCUUCAGGCUGUUCAGAACUCUGGUCCCAUCAUCAUUCGGACACCAACAGUGGGGCCCAAUGGACAGGUCAGUUGGCAGACCCUUCAGCUGCAGAAUCUUCAAGUUCAGAACCCGCAAGCCCAGACAAUCACCUUGGCCCCUAUGCAGGGCGUUUCCUUGGGGCAGACUAGCAGCAGCAAUACCACCCUUACACCCAUUGCCUCAGCUGCCUCCAUUCCUGCUGGCACAGUCACUGUGAAUGCUGCUCAACUUUCCUCCAUGCCAGGCCUCCAGACCAUUAACCUCAGUGCAUUGGGUACUUCAGGGAUCCAGGUGCACCAGCUUCCGGGUCUGCCAUUGGCUAUAGCAAAUGCCCCAGGUGAUCAUGGCACUCAGCUUGGCCUCCAUGGAUCUGGUGGUGAUGGGAUGCAUGAUGAGACAGCAGGUGGAGAAGGAGAGAACAGUCCUGAUCCCCAGCCCCAAGCUGGUCGGAGGACUCGGAGGGAAGCAUGUACAUGCCCCUACUGUAAAGACAGUGAAGGAAGAGGCUCUGGAGAUCCUGGUAAAAAGAAACAGCACAUUUGUCAUAUCCAAGGAUGUGGCAAAGUAUAUGGCAAGACCUCACAUCUCCGGGCACACUUGCGCUGGCAUACAGGAGAGAGACCAUUCAUGUGUAACUGGUCAUACUGUGGGAAACGCUUCACACGUUCAGAUGAGCUUCAGAGACAUAAACGCACACAUACAGGUGAGAAGAAAUUUGCCUGUCCUGAGUGCCCUAAGCGUUUCAUGAGGAGUGAUCACCUGUCAAAGCAUAUCAAGACCCACCAGAACAAAAAGGGAGGCCCAGGGGUCGCCCUGAGUGUGGGCACUUUGCCCCUGGACAGUGGGGCAGGUUCAGAAGGCAGUGGCACCGCCACUCCUUCAGCCCUUAUUACCACCAAUAUGGUAGCCAUGGAGGCCAUCUGUCCCGAGGGUAUUGCCCGUCUUGCCAACAGUGGCAUCAACGUCAUGCAGGUGACAGAGCUGCAGUCCAUUAAUAUCAGUGGCAAUGGUUUCUGAGAUUAGAUACCUAGGGCCAGAGACAUGGGCCAUUACCCACCAAGCCUGGGAUGCAAGAUAGCAUGGGUCCAAGAGACUUGUGGAAGAGCGAGCCAUGAAGCAUUAAUGUUCUUGGUGGAGGGAAGAAUUGAGGGAGGGUACAGGAGAAGAGAUGGGAUUGUGGCACCCAUCUGUCACUGGUGACUCCUUGAAAAUGGAAAAUAUUAGUGAAAGUUGUGUUGGUGCCACCCUUUGAUAAGCAUUUAUUUCAUCCCAGGUUCUUCUUACACUUCUUACCCCAGCCUCCUCUUCCUGCAUUUCCGAACCUCUAAGCUUUCCCAUGAUGGAUCCCACCCCCAAAGCCAUCAUGCCUUGAUAAAUAUGUAUGAUCAUUGAAAUACUUUUUAACAAAAACAGAUUCUAUAUUACAUAUAUAUAUAAAUAAAUAAAUAUAUAGAGAUGCUUUCAUAGGGGUGGCUGGGAGGAGGAAAAUGACCGUUUUCUGACCAAAAAUACCUUGGUCUUUUUUUUUUUUUUAAUAUUGCCUUAUUUCUCAAUGGCUGAGCCUUAUCAUGACACAUCAAGCUUUUCUAUAAAUGUCCUGGCAUCCAACCAGAGUAAGCAUUCAUGUGCUCUGCUUUUAGUUCGUAUAUACAUAUGUGUCUUAAUUUUGUCAUUUUAUAUGGGAUCAGCUCCUUGCGCUCCUUUCCUGACUCAGUCUUUUUUUCUCCCCUUCUCUCACAUGAUCACUUCCUGUGUUGUUUAUGACAGUGAUUUCUGGAUUAGUCACUUCAGUCAAUAUUUUAAAGAGCUUAGUUGGAGCAGCAGAAUGGAAAACCUUGAAGUGCAGGCUGAUGGUUGAAGUAGCUAUGGAGGGAGUGUUCAAAUUACUACUGACGCAGGCACCUUCUUAGUGCUGGAGAGUCAAAACCAUCUCCCUUUGUUAGCUACUGUAAACAUCAGGAGUCAGAAGUCUGUGAAAUUGUCUAAGAGGCCCUUUGAGGGAGAGAAUCUUCGAUUGAUGUGCAUAAACGGUCAAAAAUGGUCAAAUAGUAGGCAGCAGCUUUCAGUAGGAAAAAGAUGUUCUUGUAGUCUCGAUUCAUGGAAUUAUUUGGAUUUCAGUAUCAUUGUCUUCCAAAUAGCUCUAAGCCUUAAUGUAUUGGGCUUCUGAGUUCACACACUGAAAGGAAGUACACUUCCUCUUUUAAAUAUUUCUGUAGUUCCUUCCUGUUAGUGUUUUCAUGUUAAGAAGCAUCAGCCAGUGAAUCUGUUCUAACUUUUAAUUCUGUAGAAUGCAAAACUUGUGCCAGUGGCAAGAGUAGUUCUUUAAAAUAAUCUCCCCCUUAAUUCUGUAUGUAGUUGGGUGGUUCCUAAGGGUAAAGGAAACACACAAUCAUGGGAACGAUAGCCCAGAACAAAGGGAAAUCUUGUCUUACCACUGGGAAUUAUAGGAGAGAUUGGGAGAAAUUAUCCUGCUUUAUCCAUGGCCUGAUUCCAGAAGAGACUGAUCCAAAAAUUAUAACGGCAGGGAAACUCAGUGCAUUUGAUGCUGAGGCUUAAAUGCAACCAGAAUUGUCCUCAAGGCCCAGCCAUUAAAGAAAGCAUUGUCUCUCUUGACCUUCUGGUAUCUUGUCAGAGAGCCUUUCACUGUGAGGUAGUAUGGAAGUGGUGUGUGUGUGAGGUUGGGGAUAGAUUUUCUAUUAGCCAAUAUUUAAAGAGAUCUGCAAUAAAAAAAUUACCCUGAUCUGAUAGAGAAAGUAAACUUUGUGUAUGACUGCGUGAGAGUGGGUGUUUGUGCCUGUAUAUAUCUACGUGCAGAUGAGAACUUAUAUUUGAAAUUGUUGGAAAAUAAAUUCAGAUUAAAAUGCUUUUCAGGCCCGUUACCAAGAAGUUGGUUAAAAAACUUGGGUAUGUUCCUGAGGUCAGUUCUCUGCUUAUGCUAAAUCAGUUACAAUUAUGAAUGGGGUGGGGGGAUAUCCUAGUGCACUUUCUAAAGAAGAAAUUAUUUUUGUGUUUGAAAAUGAAAUCAACAUCCAAAUCUAUAGUGGACUCUUUGUUCUAAACUCUCUAUCUUGACUACAAAUAGAUUAUACUAUUAUACAUUUUAUGUGAAUUCCAUCGAAAGUAGAUUCUUGCUAAGUUUGUGGUGGUGAUAGUCUGAAUUACAAGAGCCGUUGACCCUCUAACAUCAGUCUAUUCUAUUUGGUCCUUCCUGUGCAAACUAAGACUCUUAUCAAGACUCAGGAAAUAUUUCAAGGCCUUUUCCAGAUCACAGAUCACGUGGUGAUUCAAAAGGUAUCCGUCCUCAGUCACCAUGACACCUUUUAUUCCCACAGAAAAGCAGACCUCAAACCUUGUUGUUUUAUGUCUAAUAAUCAUGUACUAUGGCAUCUCUGGAGGAAGAGGCAGCAUAACUCACUGGAGUGUGCAGUAUUUUGCUAGAUCUUUUCAAGGAAUAGAAUCUUCUUCAGUAUGAAGUGAUGACGAUAAGCUGACUUAAUGAUGCCAAGGACUGUAAGCCUUUAAAUAAGUUGUUUGACGGUGUUUUCUCUUUUGGAUGGUUUAUCCUCAACAUCUGCUUUAUUAACAUUACCAUGAAUUAAUUUACAUCAGAUCCUUUCUGCUUUUCCUAUUUCGUUCUCCAGUGUCUUAUUUGACUCUUAAAUGGAAACAGUUUCUGCUUCUGUUUUCCUAUGAUCCACUUGGCCUUUUUCACAGAGACUACAUUCCUCCAGUCCAGGUCUCAUUACUGAAAAAUAACCUUUCCCUAAAUUUUUGGCCAUUGGAAUUUAACAUAAUUAACCUGCAUAUUGAUUCUGAAAUUUAUUGUUAGGGAUUUUUUUUGUUUGUCUGUUGUUGCUGUUGUGUGUGUGUGGUUUUUUUUGUUUUUGUUUUUUUUGUUUUUUUUGUUUUUUUUUUUUAAAGACAGGGUUUUAUUCUGUAGCCCAGGCUACUCUGGAACUUGCUAUGUAACUCAGACUGGCCUUGAACUUUGGAUAGUUUUUCUGCUCCUAAGUGCUAUGAUUACAGGUAUAUGUCACCAUGUCCAACCUUCCUGAUCUUUUACUUAUUUUUUUUUUUAAUGACUCUGCUUUGCUGGUGGUGGGUGACCUUAAAUUUAGUAAUCUUGUUAGGUCUGUCUGUAUAACCUUGACUGGUCUGAAUUCAUGAUUAGUCCAUAACUAUGAAACCCACCACCUCUGCCUUUCAAGUGCUGGGGUUCCAGAUGAUAUAUGCCACCAUGCUCAGCUGAAACAGUAAUCUUAAUGCAUUCAUCCCCUUGUCCUGGGUUGCCCAUUCAUAUCAUCUACAUACUAUUUGACUGUGCCACCUUUUUCCUAGAAAGGACCAACCCGCCCUCUUCCUUUGGGGACCUCCCAACAGGCACUCUUUUUGAGGUGCUAUUCAAAAUGCAAUAUGACUAUUUCUCAGUCUGGUUUCAGAAUAAAUAGAACCUUUGAUCUCAGAAAGUAUAGACUGAAGUAUGGGGUGAAGGUGUUAUAAUUUGGGGAGGGUUGGAGACUAAAGCUGUAAAUUACUAUGGCUGAUUUUUAUUUCUACUAUAUACAUAUAUAUUUUUUGCUUUUAUAUAUCUAUAUAGAAAACUAAGCAUUGUAUUUUUUUAACAAAUCUGAGAAAGCACUAUGAACUGCAGGUGUCUGACUUUCAGGAUAUAUUUUGUAUUGUUAAUACUUCACAGUAUGUGAAUACUGGAAGCUGCAGAUCUUUGUUAGGCCGCAAUAAAUUUGGAUACUUUUUGAGGGUUUCUUUUGGGGGUGCUAACCAGGCCUCUGUUAUACUUUGAGGGAGCCCUGGUGCUACAUGAUUGAAGUUUUGAUUCAGUUUUAAUUGCCCUAGUGCCUUUGGACCUUGGGAUCAGAUCAGAAGUGCUUCAGAGAUCAGGUGCCAAGGAGAGGACAGUGAAGCUGCCUCGGUUGAGCGUCUUUGCAUAGUUUUGCUUUCCCUCUGCCAAGUUGGGUAACCUCUUGGGGUUAGAAAGAGAAAUGUUUGAAAUCUCAGAGUUUCAACUUCUCUUAGAAGAGCCAGUAACUUACAAGGAUAACGAACGGCAGCAGCAGUUGCUUUGGGAAGAGGAGGGUAUGGCACUUUUCCAACCCCGGAAAACAUUGCUUUGAAAGCUGCUGAUAAAACAUGGGCAGGUUAUUACUUUGGUGUGGAAGACUGUUCUCUGUAGAGCCUCUCUUGGCUCUGUUCCGGGGAUCCAGAUCUCAUCUAGGAGGAUGGGUAGCCCAGCUUUGAGGUUGACCUGUUUCUUUUCUGUGUCUGUCUUCCUGAAACACCGUUCCGCAGAAAGACAUUAAGCAGCCUUUAGCUGAAAUUCCUACUCCCUCUUCCAGAUUUGACUCACGUGCUGUAGAUGGAAGACUGGGAAGGGAGAAAAGGGGCAAUCCUUGGCUCCCUUCCUUCCCUGAGUCAUCACUGCUCUGACUUUACAAACCCAAAAGGAUUUCUCCACAGCACUCACUGGAGAAAGUGAAGUAUUUUUCUCAUCUUCCCCAUCUUUAUCAAACAGCCCAACCUUCCUUUUCUUGGCUAAGAAAGUACAGGGACUCAUCUGUCCUAAAGCUCAUGGGGACUGAACAUGACUCCUUAGCUAGGGCUGCAGGUGAAGACGACUGUUGGCACAUCCAUUUGAUGUGCUUUCUAUUUCUUGCCUUCAGGAAUCACACUGUGCCUUUUCCACUAGGGAAUUGAUUCUGUUUACCUAGCUUUUCCAGUAACUGCUCUUGAAAAAUGUGGAUAGUAGCAGUUUUUCAUAUUUCUUAUGAUUCUUUUCUCCUAGUAACAUCCUAAUAGCCCUUACUUAGCUAAAGACUAGGCAUGAAGUCUGAAGAGAAUAUGCUGAUACUGAUCUAAGGAAACCAAAGGCAGCUGUCCUAGGGCCUGCUUCCCUCUCCCGAGUCUGUCAUCCCAGGACAGAGGAGUAGUGCUCUAAUUUGGUGCCUAAAACAAGUUUAUCUUUCUUAGUGCUGGCAAUAACCAGUCUUCAUACCACUGUUGCCUUUAAACCUCAAGCUAUGUUUGUUGUGGGUUCCAGUCCAGUUAUCACCAGGGCUGUGUGGGUAAAUACUUCUAAGCAGUCACUCCCCUUGUUCUCUACCCUCACUCUUGUGUGUGUAUGAUGCUAAUAUCUUGUCUUCCUGCUCCUUUUGUAUCUUCCUUGUCUCUCUCCCCCUAACUUUGUCCCUGGGUGUUUUGGGGAUCUCAAUAUCUCUUUCUCUAUAUCUCUAUUUCAAUCUCUCCGCCUUUUGUACAAAGAUUAGUUUCAAUGUAGUCUGUAGCUCCUUUGUAAACCAAUUAAAAUUUUUUUAAUAAAUCAUGUCUCUGGUGUAUUGAGAGGGUUGGGAAUGGGGACUAUGUGAUAACUUCCUAUUUUGAA